AUGGGAAACAAAGCAGCCUACCUUCUUGCACCCAAAACACCCCUCUCCAUCCAACCCGCACCGCUCACUCACCCCCAACCCAACGAAAUCGUCAUCCGCAAUCAUGCUCUCGCUAUCAAUCCCAUCGAUUGGAAGCAACAGGACACCGGUGUCGUUAUCUCAGGAUUCCCUUAUAUCAUGGGCAUGGACAUCGCCGGCACAGUAGUCGAAGUCGGCCCAGGCAUCAUGGAGUUCGCGAAAGGCGACCGCGUCGCAGCAAUCGCGCCAGCCCUUACGAUGCAGAAGAAAGAAUAUGGAGGUUUCCAACUAUACACCGUCGUUCCCACAAACCUCGUCUCUCGCAUCCCGGACAACAUCGCCUUUACAGAAGCUGCAGUGCUUCCUCUCGGACUCGUCACUGCAGCAAACGGCCUCUUUGAGCCUGGAAACCUCGGCCUUAAGCCACCAAGUACCUCCAUUUCCACGGACCCUGCCGCGAACGAGGGCAAAGCGAUUCUCAUCUGGGGCGGAAGCGGCAGCGUUGGCUCCUGCGCAAUCUAG